CAGGGGUUUUAGCCUCCUUUCCCCCAUUUCUUUCUUCCAGCUCAAAACCAUACACAGACACUCACACUCAAGCUUUCUCCCCUUGCCCGUUAGGGUUCCUGAUUUCUUCAUCUUCUUCCCUCUUUCGCUUCCCGCCUUGCUGAAGCACUGCCAUGGAUAGAUACCAGAAGGUCGAGAAACCUAAGCCUGAAUCUCCGAUAAACGAAAAUGAAAUCCGCAUCACCAGCCAAGGCGCUAUCCGAAACUACAUCACUUAUGCUUCCACCCUACUGCAGGACAAACGUGUUAGAGAGAUAGUCUUGAAAGCCAUGGGACAGGCAAUCAGUAAAGGUGUUGCCAUUGCAGAAAUUUUGAAGAAGCGAACUCCACGAUUGCAUCAAGAAACUUCCAUCAGCUCAGUGAGCAUAACUGAUGUAUGGGAACCUAUUGAAGAAGGUCUUAUACCUGUGGAGAUGACUCGCCAUGUCUCAAUGAUAUCAAUUACCUUAUCAAAUCGGGAGCUAAAUAAAAACGCUCCUGGGUACCAAGCUCCACAUGUUGUGGAACAGCCAAAGCAACAAUAUAAUCUGCAACAGCAACAGCAACAGCAACAGCCAAGACAGUCUCGUCCUUAUUACAAUGCUAUUAAUGAAGAUCCAUAUGGCCAAAGCCGAGGUCGUGGUAGAGGGAGGGGACGUGGUUGGGGCAGAGGUGGAUAUGGAAACUACCAAGGAGGAUAUGGCAACUACCAGGGUGGAUAUGGAAACUACCAGGGUGGAUAUGGCAACUACCAAGGCGGAUCUGGCAACUACCAAGGCGGGUCUGGUAACGGCUACCAAGGUGGAUCUGGCGACAACUAUCAAGAUAAUGGUGGGUACUCAAACUGGGGUAGAGGAGGUGGGCGAGGCAGAGGUUGGGCAUAUCGUGGAUCUGGCUAUGACAGAGGCAGAGGGGGUAGGGGUUACGUUCGAGGUCGGGGGCGGAUGGGUGGACGAACAAGGGGCGGUGGUGUCGGUAGAAACCAGGCUUAGUUAAAAAGUUAUUCGUUUUUUUUACUUGAGCUAAAUGCUUUGCCUUGGCCAGUAAGAUGCUUUUUAUCUGAAUAUAAUGUUUUUAAUAGCGUGGAAAUUUGGCUUCUUAGAGCGUUGUUGAGCAGUAAUUUCUUCUUUUGCCUGUGGUAAUGUGGUGGGCAAGGUUGUUUUUGUUUAUGUUUUGCAUUUAGCUUUAUAAGAGCAGUCAGUUCGGUUCAUUCAGUGUAAUUUGUUUUUUUUUUACCCAUACGUUUUCCCGUACCUAGCAUCUUUUUGCUAUUAUUAUUGUAUUCUUUUCUACUUAGUUCA